UUUGCUUUGACAAGACAGAAGAAUAUUUACAUAUUUUAAAAAUAAAAAGUAAAUAAUUUCUAUUAAAUUUUUUUUAAAUGCAAUUGAAUUAAAUAUAAAGCUAAAAUAAUGGAAACUGAGGACAUUGAUCAAUGUAGAAUAUGCCUAGAAACUGCUGAAGAAAUGAUAGAUUUAUUUGAAGAUUCCAAAACACUUUACAAAUUGGAAUUAUGCUGUGGUGUAGAGAUUCCAAACAUUCCCUCUCUGCCAUCAAAAAUUUGCAAAAAAUGUUCAGAUAUUCUCAAAGUUGCUUAUGGUUUUCGAGUUCUAUGCCAACGAUCCCAAGAAUACUUAAGCGAUCCACAUAACAUAGUAGACCUAAUUGAAGAUAAACCAAAUCUAUCUGAAGAGAAGGUAAGCGCUACUUCACCCAAAUUAGAGCUUGAAAUAGAAUAUGCAGAAAAAGAAGAGACAUACAAUGAAGAAGAAAAAUUCAAUGAAGUUGAAGAAGGUCACCAUGAUGGAGAUGACCAUCAUGGAGAUGACAAUCAUGAUAAUUACGACGAAUCAGUUCCAGAAGAUCAGUGCCAAGAUAAUAAUAAAGCAGUCGAAGAGGAUGAAGAUGAUGACAAACCACUAAUCAAAUAUUUCCCAGCUCGAACUGCCAGAAAGCCCAAGUCACCAAUAACUCUCAUGUGUAAUAUUUGCGGGAAUUUAUUCCGAAACAAAGCUACUUUCAGCUAUCACAUGAAACUGCACAGGAAUGAUAAGAAAUACGUGUGCGAAAUAUGUUCGAAGCGUUUCAUGCAAACUUGUGAGCUUCGGGCACAUAUUCGAGUUCACACAGGAGAAAAACCAUAUAAUUGCUCCUAUUGUGAUCGCAAAUUCCGUGAUCGAAGUGGAGUAACAAGGCAUGAAAGAACACAUACAAAUGAACGACCGUAUGGUUGCACAAUAUGCGGAGCUCACUUUUCCUACUCAGCAACAUUGAAGAAGCAUGAAAGAGUGCAUACGGGAGAAAAACCUUAUAGGUGUUUGGUUUGUGACAAAGGUUUUUCAGAGGCACAUCAAAUGAAGGCGCACUUUGGAACAAUUAGACAUGCCGAAAUGGCAAAAGAAAGAAGUAAAGUAGAGAAUUUGGAAUAAAGAAGACAUUUUUUUUAUUUCAAUUAAAAAAUUA